AUGUUGUCUCUCCCAAAGGAACCUGCAGCUGUUCCUGUGUCCAGUGGAGGUAAACAGGCUGCCAGCAAAACCAGCGUUACUUAUGGAAGGAGCAACAGCCUGGGCACCAGAGAUCCAGAGCAUGCAGUCAAACAAGGACCAACUGCAGCAAAGAAACUGCUGUCUUAUUCGGAGGAGCAGCUCAGCUUCCAGACUCAGCCGAGGGCCCGGAGAGAGCUGAACACCCCGAGCCCAGCAGCAGCGACUGUGCAGAGGAAACACAGGAGCAGCAGAAACACCAGGAUUCCAGCCUGCAGCCGGAGGCAGAGCAGCGUUCUGCUGAUGGAAGCUCUGCAUCGCUUGCUAUCUCCUCCUCUCAUCUGGCCUCCCCCAUCUCACCCUCCGCUCCGUCUCCCAUCAAUCCUCCUGGGCAGGUGGUGGAAGCUGGAGCAAACACAGAGGGAACUCUCUCGACUGCGGCAGUUAAACAGGAAUCAGCGGGAUGAGGUGCAACAAGAGAGAGCGAGGCAUGCAAGUGAAAUGAACGACCUCCUCUCAAACUCCAACUCGUCUUCAGAACAAGCUUUGGUUUUACAGCGUCUUCAUAAGAUGAACCACGACCUGCGCCUUGAGCUGGAGGAUCAGAAGAGCAGCUUUGAAGAAACAAGAGAAGUAGAACUACGGCGAAGGGUGGACCUCUUAGCUCAACAAGCUCAGAUACUGGUCACGGGCGAUGCCACUGCCCUCGCUCAGGCCCGCCUGGAGCAGGACCGGCAGAAGUUCAUGGAGCAGCGGCAGGAGUGGGAGCGCUGCAGGGCCUCGCUGAAGUCCCAGCUGAGUGCCAGUGAGGGACAGAGGAAGGAGGCCGUGUCGCGCUCCACACAGCUGCAGCAGGAGUUGCAGAGUUACCACAGUCUGGAGCAGGAGGCUCAGCGCCUACACAAACAUCUCCAAGAGGUGACCACUCAACUUCAGGCCAAUGAGGAGGCGCAGGCUCAGAAAGAGGCUCGCCUGCAGGAGCACCUCAUGCUCCUUCAAGCCAGUCAGGACCGAGAGCGCAGGAGCUUAGCCUCAAGCCUGGCGCAGGCAGAGCAACUCACGCAGGAACUCCAGCGGAGACUGGACAUGUCUGAGCUGGAGGUGGACAGCCUGAAUAAGACUCAGACGUGGACCAGGGACAUCGAGGAGGCUCAACAGCAGCUUCAGGAGGAGCUGGCGUGCACGGUGUCUGUGGUGCAGAAACUCCAAGAUGAGAGGGGGCAUCUAGACCGGUGCUGUCAGGAGCUGCAGAGCCAGCUGGGCGAGGCGGACGGAGAGGUGAGCCGGCUGCAGAGCCGCUUGAAGACAGACGAGACGCACUACUACAAUCUGGAGCACUCGUUCGAGAGAGUUAGCGAGGAACUGCAGCUGGCGUUAGGGAAGGAGCGGCAAAGGGAGUCUGAACUCCAGGAGAUACGAGAAGGCUACGAGAGACUCCUGGACAGGAAGGAGCAAGAGCUGACUGAAGUGUUGCUGAAGAUGGAAGUCUUAGGGAACAGCCUGGAGGAGACAGAAGUGAGGCUGAAUGAGAAGUUGAAGGUAUGUAGCUGCGGCUCUCCUCAGAAUGACCGCAGGCCCAACGUUGAUCACGCAGGAGAUGACCCGGAAAGCUUUAUGUCUGAUCCAGGUCCUGGAAACCAAGCUUUAUUUGACAGAGGAGAAGCUAAGGGAGAUCAUGCAAAGAAUGGAGGAGCACCAGAGUCACAUCGGCUGCCAGGACCCCCACCUCUGCUCUCAGCUGACUCAGAGCCGAGCCACCGCUCAGCACCUCAGUCUGCAGCUGCACAGCCAGGCCAAGCAGAGCCGGCGCUUCGCCCAGGAGGCGGAGGGGCGCUGCAGGGUGUUGUCCGGCAGGUUUCAGAUCGCACUGAACAUCGUACAGGCCUGCAGAGGGAGGCUUCAAGCCGCUCCGGUUAACAUCACAGACUUCGACAAGCAACUCGCCGCAGCUGCUUCCUGCAUUCAGCAA